AUGCCCCUUAAUCGAGUUAUGCAUGAAACAAAUGUUCAUCAUCAUCAUCAUCAUCAUCAUCAUCAGCGUGAACCAAUGAUUACUGAAGCCUAUAAUGAUUUGCGUUUAAGUCUUAUUGGAAAUAAGGACUUGAAAUACAAAUUGGUGGGAGACGUGCAGUUUAUUCAACAACUUGCCUCCGAUUUCAACGCAUUGAUUGAUCAACUCACCGAAUGCAACACCCUUUCAAUAACAAAUACAAAUCAGAUUAUAAAUGAAUUAGAGAAAUUGGCAGUGAUUAUCAAUAUUCUAUGUUUAUUCAGUAUUGAGGUUGACGAUAAAAAAGACGAUAAUAUUACACAAUGUUUGAUUUCAAUGAAACUGGUGUUGAACCCAAUAAUUAAAUUGUUAAAUUAUUUCAUACAAUCAUUUGUUGCUCGUUACUACACCAGUAUUGUCACGAUGAAUGAUAACGAGAGUGAACAAAUGGAGAGUUUGGAUAUUUGUAAAGUAAAGAAUUUAAUAGGAUACGCCUUGGAUAUAUUGUUGGGUUUAACAAAUAGUAAAGACCAUCAGUUGGAUACUAGUGUUUUGUGGAAAUUUAUAAUUUCAUUAUUGAUAGUAACAGAUAAUAAUCAUCAUAAUGUUUCCGUGAUUGACUCAUCCAUUUUAAUUAAGCUGUUACGGUUAGUUCCUUUGUUAUUGACAUCAAAUUCACAAUUAACCAAUGAUUCACUUAUAACUUUAUUGACUGCGUUAUUGAAUAGAUUAACUUUUGAAUGUGAUUCUAUAAUUUCGACCCAUUUUGACACUGGGUUGUUUAAUGUUACUUCCAACACCAAGAUUUUCCACCAAAUGGCAUUUGAAGAUUCUUGUUUACCAAAUAUUGAAUUGAACAAAACGAUUCUUGAUAGAACCGUAGACAUUCAAUUACUACAGGAAUUGAUAACGUGUACGGCACAAAUAUUUAGUUUUCUGAAAGUCCAUGAUUAUGAUAUAGUGAUGGCAUCACCAACAGAAGCUUCAUGUACAGGGAUCAAUGAUUUAAGCAAAAGAAAAAGACGGAAAAGCUUUAAUAAACCACCGACGUCACCGGUAAUCGUAUUAUCAAUCAAGGUAUAUUUGUCGUUAUUGUUAUUGGUUAAGUUUAAUGGCAAUAAAGCAUUGAAUUUGGCCGCAUUGAAUUUGAUUACAUUUUAUUUGAAUAAUUUGAAACCUUCUAAAGAUAUUGACAGACAAGUAAUUUUCAAAAGUUAUAGAAAACUAUUUCCUAGAAUUAUUUGUAUGUUAGAUUUGAACAACGAUUAUACCGGGAGUAAUAACAAGAGAACCAAGAUUGGAACCACUAAGUUAAUUUACCAAUCAGCGCCUUCGAAUUCUUUGGGUAGUAAUAGAGGGUAUGAUCUUCCUAUGUUUUUAUUAUCUCCCGCAAGAAUACUAUCUGAUUUAUGUGUUCAGUAUCCAAAAUUGAAUGAUGAAAUCCACGAUGCCAAUGUUGACUAUAAGAUUGUGGAAAAAUUACAAUCAAGUUAUAACUCAAGUAAAUUACUCAAGGUGUUGAAAGUCUUGAAAUCUAGUAGUAAAUAUGGUAAGAAUUUAGUUGAUUUUACCGUGAUGUUGACUAUUGAAAAGGAUGAAGUUGAAGUGGCUGAUUUAUUAUUGUUGUUGAGUGUUUACACAAGCAACCGUGAAGAAUAUAGAAAUCGAAUCGCUACUUCUUCUGCUGAUUUCAACAAAGUUAAUCUACCACUACUUAUUUUUGAAAUUGUGGAUGACUAUUGUUUCUUGAUGAACCAAUUGCAGUUGGUUUACCGAUUGUUAAAUCCAAAGAGGAAAAAGUCCAAAAUGAAUGGGGUGCGUUCAGGAACAACUCGUGUAAUUCCACAGAGUGAUUUGCCUUGGUUUGGUAGAAAUUUGGGGAUAAUCAGUACUUUACAUGAUUCAUCAUUAUUCACAAAUUGCUUUUAUUUUAUUCGAUCGAUUUCUCGAUCUGUAGCCACCUUGAGGACAUUUUUUGUUGAAUGUAAUGCAUUUACAAGUUUCAGUGCUGAUGAAACCAAUGAAUCAUCGGGUGGUAGAGUCAAUGAACCUGCACCAGUUACAAGCUCAUUAUCAUCUAUAACCGGUGCUCAAACUGGCGGAGUUGAAGUUAUUCGUGCCGGAUCAGGAGCUCUUACCAGUGGCAGGAAUGGAGAAAAUGGGAAUAAUAGUAAUAGUAGUGGCAGUAAUGCAAACAGGCCACCGAUGACAUCCGGAUCUAUACCAGGUGGAGCCACUGGAGGAUUUAUUAUGGAUAUUUUAAAGAUCAUUCAUGGAUAUGAGAAUUUAUAUCAAAUAUUUGAAUUUUUCUAUAGGGUUAACAACAGUGGUAAAUCGCCAUGUGCAAUUGAUAUUGGCAGCAGUAGAAAAAAUUUGAUGGUUAAUAAAUCUAUUUGUAUUGGGUUGUUGGCUAAUUUUAUUUUGGAUUUCAGUUCAUUUAGGUACAAAAUUAUUGGGUAUGAUAAAUUUUUAUCAAGCUUAUUGACUAUUUACCAGAAUGCAGCUUGUGAUGAUCAAAAAUUAAGUGAUGAAGAAGUUUAUGAACGAGAUAAUAUUCAAUUGAAGAUAUUGCAAGUAAUCAAGAAUUUUAUGUAUAAUGAAGCGGCCGAGAUUAAGAAAGAAGUGUUGGAUUAUUUUUCGUUGAAUUUAAUAUUUGAAAAAGCCAGUUUUGGUAUUGCUCCUCACGAUUUGAAAAAUUGUUUACCAUUAACUGAUUUGUUGAAUGUUCGAUUGCAACAGAAAAUUAUUGCUUUUGAAAUAUUGAGAAAUUUUACCGCUGGAUCACCUCAGUUUAAUUCUUUGUUGAUUGAGUGUUAUGAGAAUGAUUUCAUUAAUCUUGGGUAUCCAAAAGGAGAAUUUAGUUUACCAAAGACAUGGACUGAAUUUUUGAUUGCCAAUGUCACCAAAUUUAAGAUUUUCUUGCCGGAAUUGAUCAAUAGCAAUAUUGAUGAAAUGGAGAAUUUUUAUAAAAAUGACGAGAUAUUGAUUAAAUUAAUUCAAAAUGAAGAAUAUGUUAAAUUAGUUAGAUCAAUUAAUCAUACGGAAGAUCAUAAAUAUACUGUUAUUGACAAGAUUGAACAAUAUCUGUUUCCAAGUGAUGACUUAUUAAGAGUUUGGUUGAGAUUAUUGGCAUUUACCAUUCCAAGCAAUGGAAGUAUUUCCUUGAAGAAUAAUGACAAGAUUAACAUGUUUAAUAAUUUAUACAAUAUUCAUUGUUCAAUAAUUUGGAUUAUUGUUAAUUUAACAUGGAAAUAUUCCAGUUUUGGAUGUACUGUUCAUGAAUACGGAAAAUAUGAUGUUUAUGAACAUCUCGAUAGUUCCAGAAAUGUCACUAGUCAUAACUCAAAUCAAAGAUUAUAUAUUGAAGAAGACGAGGAUGAAGAUGUUGUUAUGCAAGAUGAAACUUCAGCAGUCGAAGCUGGCGGAAGUAGUAAAAGCGAUGAAAAGAGGAGAUUAUCAAUACAAGAAGAUGAGGAAAACAAUGGACAAAUAGUCUCGGUACAGGAUAGAGCCCAACACUUGGAUAAAUUAGGAUUUACAAGAGUUAUUAAAAAUUUGAUUAUGUAUUAUAGUGAGAGACAACUGUUGAGUCAUGAUAAUUUAUUUAAUGCCAAUUCGAAUAGAAGAAAUUCAUCAUCAAUAUUGUCAUAUAAUGAUAGAGGAUCCAGAUUAUCAGCGCCACCAAUAGUAUCACCACAACAACAACAACAACCUGCGUCGAGUUAUUUGUUUGCCAAAGGUCAUGAUAUAUUGGAGCAAUUGGAGACUGCAUUAAGACAAAUCAGCGGGUUAUUGAACAACAAACUGGGGAAUAAUUCUAAUAAUAAAUCAGGUGAAAGCAAUAAUGGCAAUGAUAAUAAUGGUAAACAAACCAAAGGGACCCUUGCUAGAGAAUUGAAUUUAGAUAUUGAUGGUAGAAAUGUUGUAAUUAACAAGAGUUAUAUACCAGUUAGACCAUCACAGCCACCAAGUCAUGGAAGACAAGUACGUCAUGAUCAUAAUGAUAUUGAAGAAGAUGAUGCAGAUGAAUUGUACCGAAGAAUUUUAUCAAGAGAAGCCAUUGAUUCCGAAGACAAUUAUGAUAGUAGAGACGAAGAAGGGCAUGGAGGUGAUGCAGAAGAAGAAGAGUAUUUGAACCGUGAUAUUGAGGAUUAUCGAGAACAGAUUAAUCGGGCCGAAGAAGCUAUUGAAAGAGCAAGAUUAGAAGCUGAAGCUGAAGAAGAAGGGGAAGAAGAUGUAUAUGAAUUCGGGUCAUCUGUUGGAGAAGGUGAAGGAGACGAAGAAGAAGAAGAAGAUGAUGAUGAAAUGGAGGAUAGAUCGGAUGAGAUUGAUAGUGAUGAAUUACCAGAUGAAUACUGGGUUAUGUAG